CCUUCUUCAGUCGACUUACUAUUGGUUUCACUUUCUACUGACUCUGUCCUUUUACGGAGACUCAUGGCAGGAUUGGGAAACGUUUGCUUUCAUUUCUAGAAUUACGACUCAUUUUAUUUAGGCAGACCUUGCUUAGGACAGAUUUUUUGACUUGGUCAGCAGUUUGUGUAUGGUUUCUUAUAUGAUAUGGGAAAAAGGUUCAAAAUUGGGCAGCAGAUCCUUAAUGAUCUUCAGAAAAGGGAGUGUAUACUAGCCCUAGCUGUGGUUUGACUUUUCACUUUAGGCUUGCCUAGCCCACUCCUCAAGUACAGGUGAGGGACAGCUAAGGAUUUGUUUGGAUAUGUCAGAAAAUGGAAACACUCAAUCAUUUUAUGGGAAUAAGGCAAGGCUGGAAGCCAGUUUGUCAGGUACUGUUCCACUACUAGAUGGGUCGAGUUACAGUCUGACAGAGACAGAUUUUUCUAUUAUUGAAGACGUGAUUUCUAAGGUGCCGGGAAGUCUCAGAAUACAUCCAUCCCUGUGGAGUAAAGAUGACGUUAUUCAGUGGCUUAGAUGGGCAGAGAAGGAAUGCUCAUUGAGGAGGACUGAUGAUAAAAAGUUUGUAAUGAAUGGAAGAGCACUAUGCAUUCUUACUAAGGAGGACUUUAAGAAGCGGUCUCCUAGCUCAGGUGAUGUUCUGUAUGAAUUACUAAGACACAUUAAGACUCAUAGAAAAGCACUAGUAAACCAUCCUUUCAUCAGCAAAUCAAUAAGAAAAAUGAAUUAUCUACAAUUACAUAGCUGCGCCAAAAGAGGUGUGCAUGCUCCAAGCCCAGGGCACAUGCAGGGGAAUCCAUUGUUGGGGGUCUUAACACCACCCAGCGCUAAAGCUACAGAUAGAAGGAAUGCAGAUUUACUGGAGAAAAAGACACAAACUGAGUGGCACACUACAGACAUUAUAACAAGCCACACGAGUAAAUGCCAGCAUCUUUCUGUAGAGAAGACUGAUGCUCAGGAGGGACCUCUAAACCUGUCUCAUAAAUUGGAGAGAUUGCCUGAUUUGGAGAACAGAAAUGAUUACUUGGCAGCACAUGUGGAGAAACCCAGGACAGGUAAAUGUAUUUUUAAAUGUGCCAGUAAAGUGCAGCAAAUCUCAGGGAAAUACCUUCAUGGGCACUGCCCAGGAGAGGUUCUUCCAAAAGUCUGAGUGAGUUUGUUGCCAAACAUAGGAAGCAAUGUUCACCUAAACAGGUUUAGUUCUGUCUCCCCUUCAGAUGAACUUUAAUUUGUAACUCCUAGCAACUACUGACUUAUUCCAUAUAGUGCAAGGUAGACACUAAAAGCAAAUAUCUGGUUAUUUUGAGUGCAUUUUAGGCAAACAUCCUGUUAAAAUUGGCCGUGCUGGUGUUUCCAUGUGAUUCUAAGAAUUGUAAAGGAAUUUAGGACAUACACAACCACACUUAUGCAGUUUGGCAGCUAUGUUUAUAAAUCAGUGCUCUGAUUUUAACAGGAAUAGACAAGGGAUGAACCAAAUCAGGGAUUCAGUUGGGAAUAGCUGAAACCAAAUCUUGCAAGAAAUACUGAGAUCUCUGGGACUUUACAGAGUUCAAGUUGCAGCAAUGCACAUUUUUUAUAAGUAUGGCAGCAGCACUGCUACUGAGCUCUAACACCCCACUAAAUAGAACUAUUUUGACUUUUCGAACAUUCUGUUUGGCACAUUCAUCAUUAAUUUCCUAGCUAUCAGGAUAAUUUUCCUAUCAGAAACAUUUUUACUAAAUUAACUUCAAACUGUUAAGAAUCUUACAGGAUUCCUCCAUCCAAACAUUCAUUUAGGGCUCUGGCACA